CCGAAAUUUCGUGCAAACACUAAAUAUACUGUUAUAUUGCAGCAAUUGAAAACACAGCGUGAUAGAAUAAGGCAAUAUAUGAAACGAAAUGAAAAGCAGAUGGAUCGUGAGAGGGAAUUGGCUAAAGAGUUGAUUCGAGCUGGUAAAAAAGAUCGUGCCCUUCUUUUGUUGAAGAGGAAACGUUAUAAAGAAAGUGUUAUCGAACGAGUCUCGAAACAAUUAGAUCAAAUUGAUCGAAUGGUGCAUGAAUUGGAAUUUGCUGAGAUUGAGAAGAGGGUCAUUGAGGGUUUGAAGAAUGGUAAUGAAGCCCUGAAACAAAUGAAUAUGAAUACUGAUCAGUUAUUAUAU